AUGGGUUUCUGGGAAUCUAUCACCGACUUGGUCGAGGCUGCCGCGCCUUGGUCCACCGCCGAGGCCGAAGCUCCUGCUCAGGACACCGAACAGGAGACCAAGGACGAGAGCAAGGACGACACCAAGGCCGACGAGUCCGAAGAGUCCAAGGACGAGCCCAAGGAGGAAGAGUCUGCCGAGGGCGAGUCCGAGGACGCUGAAGAGGAGGAGGAGGAGGAAGAGGAGGAGGAAGAAGAAGAAGAGCCGCAAGACCCCAAGGACGUUUACGAGGAAGAGUGCAAGAACUCCAAGCAAUGCGCCCCUGCCAAGCACCACUACGACGAGUGCGUUGAGCGCGUUACCAAGGCCGAGGAGGAUGGCAAUGGCGGCAAUGAGGACUGCGUUGAAGAAUUCUUCCACCUCGCACACUGCGCCACUCAAUGUGCUGCUCCCAAGCUUUGGUCCACCCUCAAAUAA